UACUCGGUAUUGUAUAGUACUCGCACAUUAAGAAAUGACACAAAAGCCCCUACCGGAAACUUCCAUUUAUACCCCUCUUUCUCAAGAAAGCUACCCAACUGUGAAAUCGAACAGAAUCCGAAGCCACAAUGAGUGAACAAGAAAUGAAAAUGUUCUUCCAAGAAGACGACAACAACAACAAUCUCUGCACAUCCAUGUACCACCUCGCCGACGCCGCUCCCUCCACAAGCUCCGGCAAGAGGCACUCUCCUCUAUCCCCAUCUUCGUUUCUGGAGCCCCAUUGCAAAAGGCCCGCCACUCUGCCUUCCCCGCCGUCCUCCGCCGCCGACCACCAAGUUUUGGGCUUCACAAAACUUCCGCUCCCCGCCCAUUUCCCCGCCGCGCCGCCGUCCCCACUCUGCCGGACCUACUCCGAGCCCCUGCGCUCCACGGAAAUCGCCAAUUCUUCUCCGGCUCCGGCUCCGGUCCAUCCAUCGGAAAACCCCUCUUCUUCCGUCCCCGCCUAUCAGAUGCCGCCGCUGCCGGAAAAUUCCAACCGGAUUAUUGCUCAUCAUCACCGGCAUAUCUCUCGCACAUUGUCCGACCCUAAUCCUGUCUCCAAUUGGCAGGCUGCAGUCCCCGGCGGCACGCCGGCGCGAUUCCCGGCGAGGAGGUCUCCCAGCUCCGGCGAGAGCCCUAACGCCAAGAGGCUGAAAAGGAUGAGGGAGAGGCUGAGAGACAUGAGCCAAUGGUGUAGCCACAUUGUCGACGAAGAAGACGAAGAAUGUGAGAAUUACAGCAACAAUAACCAUACUCCCAAGGAAAAAUCUGAGGAAGGCGAAAUGGAAAACAACAACAAUUCGAUUGCGAAUCCAGCUCAAGAAGCUGUGUGGGUUGAGAAAGAUGGAGAGUGCCUAGUUCUCCAUUUCAAAUGCCCUUGUGGGAAUGGUUAUCAAAUUCUUCUUUCGGGCAGGAAUUGCUACUACAAACUCACUAGUUUCUGAACUUAACCACCACAAGUUCAAACAAUUUUUAAUCGACAAUUUUCUUCCAAUGGGAUGGAUGCAAGCCUGCGCCAAAUUUUUAAUGGAGAUAUUCAAUACUAAGAAGAAAUUUUGUGGGUGAUGAUGAUUUUUAGCAUUUCUUGCUCUGAUAAUUGAUUUUCUUUGUAUUGCUUAUUGAAGAACAAUGUUCACUGCAUAUAUGAUGAUAAUAAAAUUUGGAUUGGAAAAUAUAAUGUAGUGACAA